AUCCCAGUAAAUUGGGAACGUCUGAUCGUCGAGGCCAGGCUUGUCUUUACAUUUGCCGUUGGGUUAUUAGGCAUGCCAUCUGUAUGACUGAUGUCAAGAUAAAAUGUGAUGUAUAAAAAUGCAAAUUAAGUGUGGAUUGUCAAGGUCUGAAAUGCAAAAUCCUCACCAGAUCUCUCAAGUCGAUACCAUCUCCUGAAAUGAUGUUGCAGGGGUGAAAGAAGAGCCGAUGAAAUGGCAUAUUUACUGGAUCUGUUGAGCAGAUCUAGGUCAGACGUGUCCCUAUUGCACCACGGUAUGAAGCCCACAUGCUUCCCUUACCUAGGUUAGCCUGCCUGCCGAAGCAGUGUACCGGGGUGUGGCCGCUGUCACAUGCAAGCAACUAGUUGGAGCCACAGGUGACAGCUGAGUGUCUUGGGGAGCUAAGGUGUUACGAAUGUGCCACAACUCUAAGGGGCCGAAGGGUACAAAGUAGCCCCCUCCUUUUUGAGAAUCGCAAGAUCGCUAUUAAUUCGGGUCUGGGACCCAGGAAAUGAGAGAGACACAUCCAGAAUACACAGGCUUGGAAUGUGUCCUGGCCUCAGCAAAGCGGAACCCUUGAUAAUGGCUAUUGUCUCUUGGAGACGGAAUUGUGUAUUGAGUACUGUACUAUUCAUUGAAGCCCUCAGGGAAUGACCAGAGUGGGCUGGUUGAGAGAUUGCAUCAUCCCAACCUGAUUGACAUCUGAGACCCCAUGAGUAAGGAUAAAAGAGGGUCUGGGGAACAACCCCUUCAGACGCACCAGGAGGAAUGCUAGAAAUCCCGUGACUGCGUUUAAUAGCGACAGCCAGUGGAGGGUUCGCAUGCAUCCUUUCCCUUUGCCUGGGAUUGGGGCCUUACCACGGAAGAACGGCUUAGCUAAAGGACCGGCUACACCAACGGAACUCUCGAAGGAUCGACAUCAUAAAAAGGAAAAGCUGGCAAGUUCCUAAAAUCUCUCUCUUGACUCCAACCAAAGGCUGCAGCCUGAAUGAACUCAGUGACUUUUAUAUUUCCAUCGGACAAUACAUUAUCCCCUAGACAACGAUAGAGCUUAUUUCUUAUUGAUUAUUGUUAUACCCGCACUUUUAGGUUUAGUAUUGACGACAUAUAUUAUCUGUAUGUUUGCAUUGAUAUUAUUUUUGUGUAUUUUUACUAAUAAAUACUGUUAAAAAUAGUACCAUCAGACUUCAACAGACCUCUCUAUCUUUGCUGGUAAGUGACCCAGUUACGGGGUUCGUAACAAAGUGGGGGCUCAUCCGGGAUUUGAUAUCAAAUUGGUGGGCCAGUGAAUCGGGCUUGUAAGUCUAAACUUGGAUCUGGUUGCACGGGUAGCCAGACGGGAAACCAGCAAAGAUGGACGUGGAUGAAUUUAUAGAAAACCCGACUCUGGAGGCACUAGAGGUAGCCACAAAGUCGGUGUUGAUAAAUAUUGCGAAAGGACUAAACCUCGCAGGUUGUCAAUGAAAAAGCAGGAGGUGCGGAGGGCCAUAACUCAGUAUUAUAUUGUGAGGCAUGUGUUUUCAGCUGAGGUAUUGGAAAAUAUCCCUGAAAAGGCACCAGCUAGUGGGACGGCUCAGUUAGAGUUGGAGAAAUUAAGGUUGGAACAUGAAAUUAAGUUAAAGCAGCUGAGAAAGAAAAGGAAAGAAUGGAGAAGGAGAGGGAGGUGGAGAAACAGAGGCAACAGGACUUGGAUAUGGAGAAGUUAAGGCAAGAGCGAAGAGUUCAAGGGUCAGACCGAGAGGAGCGGUUUAAUGUUAGUCGGGAGUUGAGGUUAGUACCUCCGUUUGAGGAAACGGAUGUUGAUAGUUAUUUCUUGCUUUUUGAAAAGGUGGCAGUGAAUCAGAAGUGGCCCAAAGAGCAAUGGGUGGCGUUGUUACAAAGUGUGUUAAAAGGGAAGACACAACGGGCAUAUGCGGCAUUGUCCAUGGAGGAGGAAGAGUUGGAGAAUUAUGAGAAAGUAAAGGAGGCCAUUCUUCGGACCUAUGAAUUGGUACCUGAAGCCUAUAGACAAAAGUUCAGAAAUAUAAAGAAAGGGUGGAAUCAGACGUAUACCGAGUUUGCCUAUGAGAAGGGUGUGCUCUUGGAUCACUGGUGUGCAACAGAAAUAGUGGAAGAAGAUUUUUGGUGUCUCAGGGAGUUAAUUCUGAUUGAGGAAUUUAAAGGUUGUGUUUCGGAUGAUAUCUGGAUAUAUUUGAAUGAGAAGCCGAAUAAGUCCAUCUCCGAAUUUGCUAGGUUCGCAGAUGAAUAUGCCCUAACCCACAAGACAAAGUUUUCCUCAAAUAAAAGUUACCAGAGAGACCGUGGGAACAGUAGAGAAAGCCCGCCGACUGAGGCAGAGGUCCUGCUGGGAGCUAGUGGUAAGAUUGAGGAGGAAAGGCAAGACAGCAGGAGAGUUCCUGGCUUGACCUGUUUUAAUUGAGGAAAAGGGGGGACAUAUUGCAUCUAGGUGCCUUGCUCCAAGGAAGGAGACAGGAAAAUGGAAAGCAGCAGUCCCUAUAGGAUGUGCUGUGGUAAUCAGUAAAUCGACGAGAGAGCCCCAGGUAGACAGAGUACGAGAAGGGUCUGAGAAAGGUAUUUCAAAAGGAACUGUGUCUGUGAGAAAGGGAGACACACCAGUUCCAGUGCAGAUCUGGAGAGACACGGGAGCUGAACUGUCACUGAUUAGCAGUAAGGUACUGGAUUUUGGUUGCAAGAUGGGAAUGGUAGCUUUGAGAGGAAUAGGAAAAGGGACAGAAGCGGUGCCCUUACAUAGGAUCAUUAUAAAUUGUGAGCUGGUAUCUGGACCAGUUGAAAUAGGGGUGCGAUCAGAAUUUCCGAGAACUGACGUGGACGUCCUUCUUGGUAACGAUUUAGCCGGUGGUAAGGUUUGGCCAGCAAUGAAGCUGACGAGCCAGCCUGUAAGUGUUGAGGUCCCGCCCCUAGACUCCAAGAUCUAUCCUGCAUGCGCGAUCAUUCGCAGCAUGUCGAGAAAGGCAGCUGAGAACAAGAGCAGUUUAAAUCCGGCCAGUAUCGAUUUGGCCGAGACGUUUUUACCGACCCUGUACCAAGAGAGUGGUAAAACGGAGAAUAGGAAAGUGAAAAAGAGUAAGGGAGAGGAGGUAGACCUGCCCUUAGCCAGGAGAAAAUUUAUAGAGGCUCAAAGUAAAGAUGAGAAACAGAUAAAGCUGUUAAAAGGUCCAGAGUUGGACACGGAUGAUCUGUCUGGUUUGGCAGAACUGUUUGAAGAAGUUGAAAAUUGUAAAGGUGUUCCCGAUAAUGAAAUGAGGGCAGUCCUAGAUGAAAAGGAUGCCAUUACCUUGAAGAAGUCUGCUGGGUUGGCAGAUAAGGUUGUUUCAGCCCGCGGGGUUGAGUUUACUCCGGAAGGGAGUUGCCCAGAGAGUAGCUGGGAGGAUCAGGGGAAUUUAGAAUUUGAAAAGGGUACGGGUAUUGAAAGCCUGGAAGAGGCAAAUGUCCCGUUUGAGUGUGUUCAAGAUGUGGAUGCACGUGGUACUGAACCUAGUAAUGGAGCUCAGAAAAAGUCUGAGGUAUUUGAUUCAGUUGAAAAGGAAUGCAGUCCUUGUGGGUCAGAUGGACUUGGUUCAGUGAAGAAAGGGUUAACCUUGUGAGAAUUGUGGGAAUUGUGAGAACCUUGUGGGAAGUGAGAAUUCCCAGGUGUUUGUGCUCAAAGGUGUGUUAAAAGUUAGUGAGGAGAUAAAAGGUGGUGAGGUGAAUAUUAUUAUUGAAGGAAAAGGGAAAAGUGUAGUUCCAAAAUUGAAUGAAGAAAAUUUAAAGUCUGGAUUGAUGUCAGAAGCAGCAACCAGGCUACAGAGACAAUGGCUUGGUGAUGCGCUGCCUGCGAAUCAAUUACAGGUUGAGUUGGAGUGUAAAGGUGCUCCACACGCUAUUGUUAUUCAAGAGUGUGCUGUGAAAAAGCAGAAUUUGAAAUGCUGUUUGAACAAAGAGGGAUCGCUUUUUUCAGAUCUUAAAUUGAGAACUAAGAGCAUGAAGGGUCCUGAAGAGAAAACUAGCAACUUGCUUAAACUUAAAGAAUUGUGUGGAGAUUCGGAAAAUAGUCUAAGUGUGGAUCACAUUGUUGAUAAAAUAACUCCUAUGAAAGGAGCGGGUGAAAGCCUAUUUCACCAUGGUGCAUAAGCUCACCACAUGGGAGUUAACUGGAAAAGGGGUGAGGGUUGACGGGAUGCCAUUUUUAAUAGCAGGAUCCGGUUUUAAGGGAUUUCGACAAAGCAUGUGAAUAAUAAAGACAACCUCCAUGGAAGAUUGACUGUUAAGUUUGAAAGUAACAUAAAGAUUAGUAUUUGCAUGAACUUUUGUAGUAUACACGUAAGCUAAGAUCACAAUUCUAGUUUUUGUUUGCUGAAGAAAAGGAAUAAAAAUAGGUAGUUAUUAAAUUGGAGUCUGAUGCUACAAGACUUUAUUAAGGUACAAGAUGUUAAGAUACUAAAGGAAGUGACAAUGUAAUUGUUAACUGUUUAGAUGCUGAAUUGGAUGUAUAACUGUAUUACUCUGUAGUGAAUAAAAAACUUUUGUAUUGUGUUAGAUUCUAAAGUCCUGUAAGACUCUGUAUUACUUCGUUUUUACCGAUGGUAAAAACGCUUUGAAGGAAGGGGGUGUUCCGAAUGUGCCACAACUCUGAGGGGCCGAAGGGUACAAAGUAGCGCCCUCCUUUUUGAGAAUCGCAAGAUCGCUAUUAAUUCGGGUCUGGGACCCAGGAAAUGAGAGAGAAACAUCCAGAAUACACAGGCUUGGAAUGUGUCCUGGCCUCAGCAAGGCGGAACCCUUGAUAAUGGCUAUUGUCUCUUGGAGACGGAAUUGUGUGUUGAGUACUGUACUAUUCAUUGAAGCCCUCAGGGAAUGACCAGAGUGGGCUGGUUGAGAGAUUGCAUCAUCCCAACCUGAUUGACAUCUGAGACCCCAUGAGUAAGGAUAAAAGAGGAACAACCCCUUCAGACGCACCAGGAGAAACGCUAGAAAUCCCGUGACUGCGUUUAAUAGUGACAGCUGGUGGAGGGCUCGCGUGCGUCCUUUCCCUUUGCCUGGGAUUGGGGCCUUACCAUGGAAGAACGGCUUAGCUAAAGGACCAACUACACCAACGGAACUCUCGAAGGAUCGACAUCAUAAAAAGGAAAAGCUGGCAAGUUCCUAAAAUCUCUCUCUUGACUCCAACCAAAGGUUGCAGCCUGAAUGAACUAAGUGAUUUUUAUAUUUCCAUCGGACAAUACGUUAUCCCCUAGACAACAAUAGAGCUUCUUAUUGAUUGUUAUUAUACCCGCACUUUUAGGUUUUGUAUUGACAACGUAUAUUAUCUGUAUGUUUGCAUUGAUAUUAUUUUUGUAUAUUUUUACUAAUAAAUACUG